AGAAGUAAAUAAACACGAGCAACGAAUUCGCACAGUAUACGCUAAACACGCGUAACGAUUUUACAUAGUUUUCAAUUACAUUUUUUAUAAUUAUCACAGAAUGGAUCAUAAAAGUGCUCAAUAUAUGGAGGACUUUAGUUUCGAACCUAAACAAAGAACCGGACAAAAUUCCUCAAAAACUAGCUCCAAAACUGUAAAUACUAAAACAUUUAAGGACACUCCAGAGCCAAGUUGUCGCAGUUUAAAAGUUGAUCUACAGACACUGCGAAUAUCAGAAGAAUCAGAGAGAAAACUUUAUGAAACUCUAAAAUUUAUCCGUGGUCCUAGUUAUAGACUUGCUGCUGCAUCAGAAUAUGAAAAUAAAAAUACAAAUUUGGGAAAACAGUAUUGGCUUCAAAGAGGAAACUUGGUGAUUAAAAGUUGUGUAGAUUAUUCUCAAACUGACAAAGCUGUACUUUCUAAUGAACAAAUUACAAAAAACUUUGCGAUUUCAAAGCUACAAACAUACAAUUUUGAAGUUCCUCAUUGUACAGAGGCUUUAAAAUAUACUGAAGGUGAUUUUAGUAAAGCAUUGGAAUUAUUGUUUUGCAAAUAUUAUGGUUAUGAAAAUUUGCCAAAAUCUUCCAAUUUAAAUGAACUGAACUUAGAUGAAUUAGUUCAAAUCAGAGAAGAAGAAAAAGAAGCUUUAGAAUCAAUUUAUGGAGAUAUUUUCAAAGAAUCAAUAAAAAAUCGAGUAUGGACAGUGACAAUGAAAUUAAAUUAUUUGAUUGAAACUGAAGAAGAAAAAGUACUGAAAAAUAAACCUAAAGUGCCUUUGAAAGAGAUUUGUAAACUUUAUCUUGCAGGUAAAUGCAGAUAUGGUAUAAAAUGUAGAUUUAUUCAUAGACAGCCAGCUGCUAAAGAAGAAGAAAAACCAAAAGAAGAUCCUACUUUUAUAUUAGAGAUAAGAUUUCCAGAAAAUUCCAAAUAUCCAUAUGAAGCUCCUCAUAUAUAUUUUUAUAAACCUAAUAAUGGGAAAUAUUUUUCUACAAACUGUUUGAGAAUUGUUAGAAGAUUACUCAAUGAAGCUUUAACUUUUUGUGACAAUGGUACUCCCUCCAUUUACAAUAUUAUUGCUUUGUUAGAAAAUGAAGAAGAGAUAAAAACAUAUUUGAAUGAAAAUAAGGAACAUUUUCUGGAUAAAGAUGAUCCUUUAUUUCCCCAAGAAUCUGAAGAUAUUGAUUCUUCACAAAAGUUACGUAACAAAAAAUCCCAUAAUACUAGAAAAAAUGCUAAUCAAUUUUCUUCUGAGGAAAUUAUUAAACAAGAUUUAGAUAUUAAAACUCAAUUUUUGGAUAAACAAAGAAGUUCUCAGUAUCAAAAAAUGAAAAAAGUUCGAAAACAAUUGCCAGCAUGGAAUAAAAUGAACGAAGUUUUGAAUACUAUACAAGAAAAUCAAGUAACAAUAAUUUCCGGAGAAACGGGCUGCGGAAAAAGUACCCAAAUUCCUCAAUUCAUUCUUGAUGAUUGGAUAAUCAACCUGAGUAAAGAUUGUAUGGAACAUGCAGAAAUCGUUUGCACCCAACCAAGAAGAUUAAGUGCAAUUGGAGUAGCUGAACGAGUUGCCAGUGAAAGAGAUGAAAAUGUAGGAAACACAAUUGGUUAUCAAAUUAGACUAGAAAAUAAAAUGUCAAAAAAUACUAGACUAACAUUUUGUACUACUGGCAUUCUAUUACAAAGAUUAUCUGGUGAUCCACAACUCAAAUCUGUUACUCAUAUCAUUGUAGAUGAAGUGCACGAGAGAAGUGCAGAAAGUGAUUUUCUUCUUAUGUUGUUGAAGAAAUUAUUAGUCAAAAAACCAAAUUUGAAAAUAAUUCUCAUGAGUGCAACUUUGAAAUCUGAUGUAUUUUCCUCAUACUUUGGACAAGUUCCAAUAAUUAAUAUUCCUGGUAGAACUUUCCCUGUGCAACAAAUAUUUUUGGAGGAUAUUUUAGAAUUGACGAAUUAUGUUAUAGAAGAAAACUCAACAUUUACAAGAAAAAUUAAAGGAUCGUGGGAGCGACAUUUAAUUGAUUUACAUACAGCUCAGCAACAAUCAUCUUCAAUGCCAAAAGAAACAAUAUUAGAUGAAAAUCUUUCAUUGGCUCAACUAACAGGAAGAUAUUCUGAAUAUUCUGAAAAUACAUUGAAAAGUCUUUAUCUCAUGGAUCAUGAGAAAAUUAAUUUUGAAUUAAUUGAACAUGUACUGGAAUGGAUUGUCAAUGGAGAACAUGCUUACCCAAGAACUGGAACAAUUUUGAUAUUUUUACCUGGGAUAGCAGAAAUAAUGACUCUCAAAGAUACCCUAAGAAAUAAUAGAACAUUUUCUCCUGCUAGAGGAAAAUUUAUGAUUGUUCCACUGCACUCCACUUUAUCUAGUGAUGAACAAAGUUUGAUUUUCAAAAAGCCUGAACAAGGCGUUAGAAAAAUUGUAUUGAGUACAAAUAUUGCUGAAACAUCUAUUACAAUAGAUGAUUGCGUUUUUGUUAUUGACACAGGAAAAAUGAAGGAAACUAGAUUUAACACAAAUCAAAAUAUGGAAAGCUUAGAAAUGUGCUGGGUUUCUAGAGCCAAUGCAAUGCAAAGAAUGGGAAGAGCUGGUAGAGUUAUGCCAGGAGUCUGUAUAGAUUUAUAUUCAUCUUUUAGGUUCAAAUAUCACUUUUUGGCUCAACCAAUUCCAGAAAUUAAAAGAAUAGCUUUAGAACCAUUGUUACUACGAAUUAGAAUUUUGCAUAAAGAUCCUCUUUUAGAUCUUUAUGAAACUUUUGAUAAAAUGAUAGAGCCGCCGACGCGGGAGAGUAUCGCAACAGCGAUACAAAGAUUACAAGAUGUUGGAGCUUUUGAUCCAGAGUGUAUUCUAACUCCCUUAGGUCACCAUUUAGCAGCCUUACCAGUUGAUGUUAGAAUAGGAAAGUUAAUACUCUAUGGUGCUAUUUUUUGUUGUGUUGAUUCAGCUUUAACAAUAGCUGCUUGUUUAUCACACAAAAGUCCUUUCAUCUCUCCCUAUGAUAAAAGAAACGAAGUAGCAGCUAAAAAAAAAGAGUAUUUAACUUCAAAUUCUGAUCAAUUGACCACACUUAAGGCUUAUCGUAAAUGGAUGGAAAUACAUAAGAAACAUGGUUUUCGAGCUGGACAAGUUUUUGCUGAUAACAAUUUUUUGUCUAUAAGAGUUUUACAAACGCUUGCAGAUAUUAAACAUCAAUUUUUGGACUUAUUAGCUUCAAUAGGUUUUGCAUCGAUAGAAAAAAGAAGACAUGUAAUGGGGCAAGAUAGAGUUAUUGAGUAUACAGGAGAUGAAUUGAAUGAAAACAACGAAAGUUACAAGCUUCUCCAGGGCUUGUUAUGCGCAGCAUUAUAUCCUAACGUAGUUAAAAUUUUGACACCCGAAAAAUCGUUUGUUAUCCAAUCAACUGGGGCUAUUCCUAAGCAAUCAAGAGCCGAUGAAUUGCGCUUCAAAACCAAAAAUGAUGGAAUGGUUAAUCUUCACCCGUCCUCUGUUAAUUACACCGUUGGACAUUACAGCAGCCCAUAUUUAGUUUAUCAAGAAAAAAUUAAAACUAGUAAAAUAUUCAUUAGAGAAGUAACGAUGGUAUCAAUACUCUCGCUUGUUUUGUUUUCUGGAUAUGGCAUUGAUAUAGAACUACACAAUGGAACCUUUAUCAUUUCUUUGGAGGAUGGAUGGAUUAUGUUUGCUGUAGAGUCUGAAAGGACCGCACAACUUCUUCAGCAUGCUAGAGUGGAAUUAGUCAAGUUAUUGGAACAGAAAAUGCAAGACCCUCUGAUGAAUAUUGUAGCUCAUCCAAAUGCUAGAAAAAUGAUUAGAACAAUUGUUGAAAUUGUUACAAGGGAAUGAUUUUUUCGACUUUUUAUUAAAAGCGUAAAUUACUUUGUAAAUUCUAGAAAAUUUCGAUAAAAUUAGGAAAACCUGGUGUUUUCCUAUUUUAGAUUUAUUUGAAUUUUUUUCAUCUAUACAUAUAAGAACUAACUUAUUUGUUUUAACUAGAGAGAACUAUUUUAUUGAAUCUAUUUAAUUUGAUUAAUUUAACUGAUAAAGAAAAUUAUCGAAGUCUUAUGUUCGAUUUUUUUCAUGCAAUGCAUCGAAAUCUAUAUUUUCUGCGAUAAAAAUUACACUUCUAAUUGUGCAAUACAUUCAAUAUAGAAGUUUAUUUUUUCAUUGGAGAUUGUAUAAAAUACUGACAAUAUUUAUAAAAAAUGUUCAAUGUACAUAAAUUAUGUUCGAAAAUAUGUUAAUUAUGUCAUGAAGAUUUUUAUUGUGUUCAAAAAAUUGACUUGAAAUAAGUUAAAAUAUAAAUCGUUAAAUGAAA